ACAGUUCUUUUCUUCCCAUUCAAGCCGAUUUGACUUUUGACUGGCCGAUUCGUAAUUCAACAACUAGCUGCAUCGUCUUCUCCACCGACCUUGCCGCCGUCGCCCCGCCGCUCCAUCCGGUAAGACAUGGAGGAGUACCUGGAGAGCAUGAAAUCUCUCCGCUCCUACAUGAACGAUCUGGAGGACGACGCCGCGAAGCGGUCUGUCGAGGAGCAGCAGCAGCGUACAGCCAUCGACGCUCACGACAGCGAUGUCGCGCUAGUGAUGGCGCAAGCAAAGCAGGCGAGCGAGGAGGCCGAGCGGCUGGCCACAGCGAGGGCUAAGGUAGGCAUGCAGAUGGCCGAGAAGCAGGGAAGGAUUGCCACGCUGGACAUCGAGUGCGCCACACUGAAGCAGGGGUAGCAGUCCAACAUGGAGACUAGGACUCAGUGGUUCCUGGGACGGUGGUAGGGAUGAGAUCAGUAGAUCACCAUGGGGCAGCAAUGAAGGCGAUAGAUCAACUAUCGGUGUGCCUCCUUGUUCUUUCUCUUCCAUAUACAUUCUGUUCAGGCAUCUGCAAAGGAAAAGGAAUCUAUCUCUUCUGUGCUUCUGCAUACAUUCUGUUCAGGAGUGUGCUUUUGGUUAUCUGUGAAAGGAGCAUCUAGCUACAGUAUUCCAAGGAAAGUAAUUGGCUCUUCCUGUGUUCCAUACACUCAUUUAGAGGUCCUUUCCUCCGUUUUGUGGCUCCUACAAAUUUUCUUUGUAACUCGUCAAAUUCAAACAGGAUUGAUUAUCAACCUUUUUGUGUUUUGUUGAUUUUAUAGUUGCUUCCUUUCACUUGAAUUUUAAACACUAGCAUUGCAAUUCCAACACAGUAAAGGACAGUUGAGUUGAUGGUUGGAUAAGCUUUGGAAAAGCUUCUGGGCUGAAAACCAACAUCCAAAAAAGCAGUGUGUACCCAAUUAGAUGUGGGGAAGAGGAAGUGGCGACCCUUCAGGAGUGUCUCCCCUGUGAGAUCUCUUCUUUCCCCUGUAAAUACCUUGGCCUGCCCCUGUCUUUGAGCAAGCUUUCCAGAAAUCAAACUCAAUUCAUAAUCGACAAGAUUGCUGACCAGCUCCCGGGGUGGAAAGCUGACUUGAUGACUAGAGCUGGAAGAAAAGUACAAGUCCAAUACGUUAUGACAGGAAUGAUCAUCUACCUUGCAAUGGCAGUGGACUUACAUCCAAGAGUUCUCAAGGAUAUUGAUAAAAUCAGGAAAGGAUUUCUGUGGCGUGGAAAAAAAGAAGUCAGAGGGGGACACUGCCUGGUGGCUUGGGGUAGAGUGUGCAGGCCAGUUGAGUUGGGAGGAUUGGGCAUUUACAGCCUUAAAGAACUUGGUUGGGCUUUGAGAAUGAGAUGGUUGUGGCUGACUAAAGUGGAACCUGAUAAACCUUGGGCAGGACUCCCUAUGCAUUUUCCUUCCAAGGUGAAAUCCGUCUUUCAUGCUGCCACUCACACGGAAAUUGGCAAUGGACACUCGACACUCUUUUGGGAAGAUAGAUGGAUUCAUGGACGAAAUGUGAUGGAUAUUGCACCCAGAUUGCUACUAGCUGUGCCAAGGCGAAUUCAAAACAGUAGAACUGUUCAGACAGCUUUAGCAAAUAGAAGUUGGCUAAAUGAUAUCCAAGGAGCUCUCACUGUGGAGGUCCUAGCUGAUUAUCUUGAUCUUUGGGAUGCUAUUACCACAGUAAACAUAAACCCUCAUAGAGAGGACAAACACAUCUUUAGGUUUGCCCAUAAUGGCAAAUACUCUGCCAAAGUAGCCUACGAGAGUUUAUUUAUUGGAUCAACAUAUUUUGAGCAUUGUGACAGGGUUUGGCACUCCUGGUCCCCCCCCAAAUGCAAAUUUUUCCUAUGGCUUGUGGCGCUACAGAGAUGUUGGACAGCUGACAGACUUCAGAGGAGGGGGCUUGAUCACCCUGAUCAGUGCCCCCUUUGUGACCAGGAAAUGGAAACCAUUGACCAUCUCCUCGUGAGAUGUGUGUUUGCAAGAAAUUACUGGUUCAAGCUGCUGACAAAGGUUAACCUCCAGAAUUUCACUCCUUAUGUCUAUGAAGAGAAUACCAUGAUCUGGUGGAAAAGAUGUAGUGAUCAGUUGCAUGGAAUUGCCAGAAAAGGACUAAACUCGCUUAUCAGUCUCGGCCUCUGGAUAUUGUGGAAACACCGAAACGCCUGUGUUUUUGACGGCCUUUCUCCCCGCCUUAAUGAAGCCAUCAAGAGAACCGAGGAGGAAAGGGACCUGUGGGUGUUAGGAGGGGCUACAAACUUAGAUCUCUUAACAGCCCCAAUCCCAGGUCUUUAGGUCAAAGUAGUUUCUGUUUCCUUUUAUUUAUGGAUGUAUUUUUGUUUCUCUGUUUUCGACCACCGUAAUGGGGGUCUUCUUGUACUGAUACUGAUCCAUUUUGGAUCUUGUUCUCUUCCUACUUAAUGAAAAGAUGCGCAUGUCUCUUGCGCGUUCGAGAAAAAAAAUGGUUGGAUAAGCUAGCAAUAUAUGGUUGUUAGAUGAUUUUGUUAGUUUGUUGCAUGGUUUGUUACUAUCUUGUGCAAGAGGUAAAUGUAAGAAGGGUCUCUUAUGUAAAGGUUGGCAUAGUAAACUUCAAAGAAAGCAAUAUUUUUAUUUUUGUCCCCAUCUAAUCUUUGAAGCAAGUAGUAGUUGAGGCUUGACCUUGAUACCCUAUUUCCUAGCUGCCAUCCAAACUGUGGCCAUUCCAAAAGUAAGUUUUUCUUUGCUUAUAAAAUGGCACCUGUAAUGGCUUAUGAAAACAUAAAUCAGCUUGCAGAAUGAAGUGUGAAAGCAAUACUUAUCAUAUGAGAACUAAGAUGGUGGAGGGUGACUAGAGGGAUAGACUGUAAGGCUCUCUCCGGCAAUGAACCCUAAAGGGUUAUGUACCCUAUAUUUAGGGGAGAUUUUCGUCCUCUAUCGCUACAGCAAUGUCCUCUAAACAAUAUUCUAAAUAUAUAAGACAUCUCUCCGUCCUCUAUAUAGAAAUUCCCUCUACUCUCCUCUAUCCAUUUAAAUACUUUAAACAACAGAUUUAGCAAAACUAAAACAUGUAUAAAGCAUUUGAGAGUAUGAAAAAUACAUACAUACAAAAAUCAAAAGUAAAAUAUGUAUCUAAUAUAGGUAUUUACGUAUAGAGGACGCUGCCGGAGAGGAAUAAGAUAUAGAGGAGAGAAUCUUUUAGAGAAGACUGUAAAGGACGGAUAUAAAGGAUGAAUAUAGAGGACGCCGCUGGAGAUAGCCUAAUUGUGAGUACUAUCUGGAUGUGGUCCCAGACCUUAAGGCCAUGGCUUAGGGGCUUGCGGUGAUGCACUGCGAACUAGAUGCUAAAGCAUGGGGAUGACGCAACUAGAUUGGUCUACUGUUUAAAUAGUUUCUUUUAUCGAACAGCGCAGGAGGUUUGCGUGUCAUUUCAUUAAGAAGAAGAAGAAAAAGGAAGUCCAGUCACAACUGGACAACUAAAAACGUUAAUAAGACCACAAGACCCUCACCCACUCAAACAAGGCCUGAGAAACAAAAGUCUCAGGUUGUUACAGGGUUACAAACUAGACCCUCAAACGACAUUCUAGCUAGGAAGCAGACCAAUAGGGCCUACUCAGAUCAAUGAUUUCAAGUCGUCCGACUAAUCGGCUAUUUGGGCUCGAUUAGCUGAACGACUCGACUAGAUAGGCUGGUCGUCCUGGUCGUCCGACUAAUCGCCGAUUAGGGCGACUAAUCGCCGAUUAGGGCAACUAAUCGCCCGAUUACUGUUUCCUGGUCGUCCUGGCUAGGGUUUUGUUAUUGGGCCAUUUUCAGCCCAUCUACAGUAUACUUUAGACUACCCUCUCCUCUCCUCUGUAAUACCUAGCCGCCAAACAGUGCACUACGUCUCCUACUCUCCUCUCUUGCUAGCUCGAUUGUUCCAGCCCUUAUUCACACUUGGUCGCCGGUGGCUGCCCCUUUAGACCUACAGCUCACCGCCUGCUGCAGUCUCCACCUGUGGCGACUGUCUUAAGGUUCACCAGCUGCAGUCUCCACCCUGCCCCUUCCCAAGCUCCAGCAGACCUGCACCAUUGAGGAGAUGAGCUCGUCAUCUCAAGGUUCCUCCUGCUCUCCCCCCAUCUCCCCCUUCUCUGCAGUUCUGCCAAAUUAGUGGAUGGUUGCUGGCUGCUCUAAUCCUAAGCCUGUGCUAAGUAGUGACUUUCUAAUUUAUAUAAUGUAGUUGUAUACAUGUACAUUUAUAUAUAUAGCUAUAUAAGUAUAACUACUAGACUAGGACGACUAGGGAACGACUAGGACCGACUAGGAGUCGAGUACCCCUAGUCGUCGCCUAAUCGCGACUAGUCGCCUGGUCGGUCCCAGGGAUCGACCAGGCGACCAGGCGACUUGAAAUCAUUAGCACCAGUCCACCAUAUAACCGAUAUUUCUCCACUAUCUAUGUGAUCAGGACAGGUGUGCAAGGCUCUGCAUCUUCAAAGACGCAAGAGUUUCUAUGCUUCCAAAUCUCCCAAGUAGUUAAGAUGAUAAGGGAAUUCAGCCCCUGCCUCCUUUCCUUUGGUACUAGCCUAGUCACUUUUCUCCACCACAUGGGGAAGGAAGAUUCAGACAUGCUCGGUACCAAGUCUGUAAGCUUUAGUGCCUGAAAAAUAGAACACUAGAGCUGCCUAGAGAAAAUGCAUCUCACUAGUAAAGUAGUAGUUGUUAAAUAUUUUCAUCUUCCUGAUCACAAAGGGGACAUGCAUCUGGAUGGGGCAAUCCUCUUAUAGCCAACCGAUUUGUAGCCCAUCAUCUUUUUUUGAACACCAGUCAACUGAAGAAUCUACAGCGAAGGGGAGCCCGACUCUUCCAUAUCCUUUUCGAGGGUGCAUAAUGGAUGGAUCCUGUGAAGAAUGCCCUGUAUGAUGAUUUACUGCUAUAGUCUCCUGAUUGAGUUAAUUUCCACCUGGAUGUGUCAGGGAUCCCAUGCUGUAGGCUAGUUCCUUCCACUUGGUCGAAGAUCAUAAUAUAUUCCUCCAAAACUUGAACUGUUAGGGCUCCUUUUAUAUCAGACACCCAUUUUCGGAUGCUCAUGGCUUCAACAACCAUUCUCUUAUUGACUAAUUUCUUUGCAAUAAUUUUGAACAAGUGAGGAUAAAAGGACGGUUUAUUCAAGAUAAUUUCAUGUUGGUGCAACAAACUUCCAGAUUCUUACAUCGACAUAACAAGCUAGUUUGCUCCUUAAAUUUGAUAUCACCAAGGCCUUUGAUUCGGUCUCGUGGCCUUUUCUCAUUGAGGUCUUGAAGUAGUCAGGUAAAUUUGGAGGGAUAUUAUUUGUGGGCUACUGACAUCUUCUACUCAAGUCUUACUAAAUGGGUAUCUUGGGAGGAAGAUUAUUCACAGAAGAGGGCUUCGACAAGGGGACCCUCUUUCCCCGAUGCUAUUUAUCUUAGUAUUGGAUAUAUUGGGCCUUCUCUUUAUUAGGGCUGAAGAAUCUGGGUCGAUGCAACAACUGUCUAGAAGAUCUAAACUCCAUCAGAUCUCUAUGUAUGCUGAUGAUAUUGUUCUUUUUCUGAGUCCCUCGGCUGCAGAUAUCUCCAUUUUAAUGAGUAUUUUGGACUUGUUUGGGAAGGCUUCUGGGCUCCGUUACCUCCGUAACAACGAGCAGAAAUCUAAUGCUUACCCCAUUCAGUGCUCUGAGGAUGAAUUACUGAUGGUCCAGAAUUUAUUGCCAUGUGAGAGGUCUGAUUUCCCUUGCAAAUAUCUUGGACUUCCUCUCUCCCUUCACAAGCUGACCAAGGAAUAGGUUCAAUCAAUCAUAGACAGUAUUGACCGUCUUCCAAGUUGGAAACUGAUCUUAUGACUAGAGCUGGUAGGAGAAUUAUUGUACAACAUGUACUCACCAGUAUGAUUGUCUAUCUAGCUACGACCAUUGAUUUUCCUCCUUGGGCAUUAGAGGAAGCUGAUAAGAUAAAAAUGGGUUUCUUUGGAAAGGUCGUAAAGAUGUCAAGGGAGGACACUGUCUGAUUGCCUGGGGGAGGGUGUGCAGACCUCUCCAGUUGGGACGUUUGGGAAUAUCUAGCUUGAAGGAAUUAUGCUGGGCACUUCUUAUGAGAUGGUUGUGGCUACAUAAAACUGAUCCAGGCAGGCCUUGGGCAAACCUUCCUAUACAAGUUCCUAAAAAGGCAAGGUAUUUUUUCUCCACUGUGUUGGUUUCAGAAGUGGGAAAUGGAGCACACACCCUGUUACAGAUUGAUAAAUGGCUCUUAGGUCAGAAAGUGAGCAAUCUGGCUCCUAGGUUAUUUGCCAUCGUUCCUAAAAGGAUUUCUAAUAAGAGAACUGUCCUCGAGGCUCUAACCAACAGAAAAUGGAUAUCUGAUAUAAAGGGUGCCCUGUCUGUUGGAGCUUUAGUGGAUUACCUAAACCUUUGGGAGCUUCUAUCAGAAAUAGUGCUGCAGCCUGAAGUGGAAGAUAAACAUGUAUUUAGUAUUGCUGCAGAUGGCAAAUAUUCAGCUAAGUUGGCUUAUGGAGGUCUUUUUGCUGGUUCAAUAUUCUUUGGUCAUUACCAUCUAGUUUGGAAAACCUGGGUACCUCCAAAGUAUCAGUUUUUCCUUUGGCUGGCUGCAAAUAAGAGAUGCUGGACCGCUGAUAGGCUUGCUAAGAGAGGUUUGGAUCACCCAGCUAGGUGUCCCUUAUGUGAUUAGGAAGCUAAAACUCUUGACCAUAUCCUUGUCUCUUGUGUGUUCACAAGAGUGUUCUGGUUUAACCACCUGAAAUCUUUUGGUUUUGAAAGACUGGCUCCUCAGCUAGGGCUUUCUUCCUUCAUGAUUUGGUGGGAGCAAAUCUCAGGAACGGUCACUGGUCUACCUGGAAAGGGUCUCAACUCCCUUGUUGCCUUGGGGGCAUGGACAAUUUUGAAACUCCAAAACAGUUGUGUUUUUGAUGGUUGUAGUCCUAGUUUGACCUUGCCCCUUAGGUUAGCUAGGGAGGAGAGGCAGUUUUGGGAAGUGGCUGGGGCUAAAGGUCUUUCAUACCUUGCUGCCCUCCUUCCUGAAGACUUGAGGUUGUUUCUUGGGUGUGUUUGAUGGAUUUUUUUUCAGUUUUCUGUGUUUUUGGCCUCUUUAAGGAGACCUUUGUAUCAGGUUUUUUUACCAUUGUUUCUUUUCUUCUUAAUAUAACGAGGCACAGUUCUCUUGCAUUUUCGAGAAAAAAAGGAGCUAGUUCGACAAUGUUUUUCCCAUCCAGCCACCUAUCUUUCCAGAACACAAUUUUUUCUCCAUUACCAAUGAUUGAGACCACUGCCAUAUUGAAUAGAGCUUUAGCAUUACGCAGAACCUCAACUUAGAAACUUUUUCUAGGACGGGAGUUCACCAUACAUUAUUUAGGCUUAGUUACAUGUAGACAAACCUCCUAAACAAUCUCUUAUCGAUCUGCUAUCUUAAGAGCAACUCUAGUAGGAGAUCUUAAAUUAGGGGCCCUACUUUUGAUUUGAGACUAAUGACCCUCAAAUCAGGGCCCUCAAAUUCAUUCUACUAGACGCUAACACUUGUGACCCUCUCGUCAUUAAUGUAGCAGUUUUUUCCUUUUCUCUCGUCUUCUCUCAUCACCAAUAAGAGAUGUGAGCAGAUGGUGAGCUUAGGGCUGAGGGGGUUUGCACGUGGGAAUGAUGGUGGGGGAUCGCACAAGUGAGGAAGGCACUAGGAGGGGGAAGACACCAUGAGCGGAAACAACUUGGGAGGACGAGCUCAUGGAACACUGCACUAGGGAGGUCGAAUCCUGGGCAGAGGACAGAUAGGGAGGCUACACAGAUUGGGAGAAUGGGUGGGGCAAGUGACAAGCAAUAGAGUCUUCAAGAAGGCAUGGUGGUAGUUGAUCUCGAUCAAAGUUGGUUGGGGGAGGACAUGGCAACAUGAUCGAGCUCGGGCAGAGGUAGCUAGAUGUAGAGGAGGCGAUAGUAGAGAUGGCAUGAAGGGUGUAUUUUUUGCAUGAGCGCGGUCAUGGGUGGGGGUCCGAUAUUGGCCCAAUGGGUUGGGGAGGCGUGGUCAAUGGGGCCGCACGUCCCACAGGCGGGGUCGACGGGGCCGCACGAGGCGCGGGUAGAGGCUCGAGCGAAGGUAUUGAGGCCGCACGUGGCGCGGGUAGAGGCAUGUCCGGAGGUAGUGGAGCCACGCAUGGCGCGGGCAACGGUGUAAGGCAGGGCAGGGUAGAGGCUCGAGCGAAGGUAUCGAGGCCGCAUGUGGCGUGGGUAGAGGCAUGUCCGGAGGCAGUGGAGCCGUGCAUGGCACAGGCAACGGUGUAAGGCAGGGCACCUGAGGUGGAGGGGGAACCGGAUCGGACUCAAGGAGGGAGUCGAGAUCGGUGGGUGGGGAGGAGCCAUCAAGGGGAAACACAUCUUCGUUGAAAACAACGUGACGAGAGAUGAUGCGGUGGGAGACGUGGUCAAGACGGCGAUACCCCUUGUGGUCAGGGGAGUAACCAAGGAAUAGGCAACGAGUGGAGCAAGGAGAUAGAUUGUGGGAAGCGGUGGCAGAAGUGUUGGGAUAGCAGGCACAACCGAACACGCGGAGGUGGUUGUAAGAGGGGGUUGUGCUGUACAGUGCGAGAGGCGUUGUUGAGCUCGCGGCCAUCAUCACACUGGAGGGCACAGAUCGGGCGACAGAACUGGGUGGAGACCCAAGCGAAGAAGUGGGCAAGGGUGGUGAACGUGUCGGACUUUAGCCGAAGUGGGAAAGUCCAAAGAAAA